AUGGGUGAUGUCGACUCUGCCCUAACCGGCGCCCAUGUCGACGGCAACGGAGUCGCGGGACCGCCCAUGGACCCGGAAUCUUACAAAUUCCCAGAUCAGAGACUGAAAAAGGUCAUGUCUGAUCCGUCCAAAACUCCGCUCCUACUGGUGGCAUGCGGCUCCUUCUCGCCGACCACUUACCUACACCUGCGUAUGUUUGAGAUGGCGGCGGAUUAUAUCAAGUUCACCACGGAUUUUGAGCUGAUUGGUGGGUACCUAUCGCCUGUGUCGGAUGCAUAUAAGAAAGCCGGUCUAGCCAGCGCGGUACACAGAGUUGCCAUGUGUCAACUAGCAGUCGAGAAGACCUCAAACUGGCUGAUGGUUGAUCCGUGGGAGCCGAUGCAGAAGGAAUAUAUCCCCACCGCAAAGGUCCUGGAUCAUUUUGACCAUUACAUAAACACGGUCCUGGAUGGGAUUGAUACAGGCGAAGGAACUCGCAAGCCUGUGCGGGUGGCCCUACUUGCCGGUGCGGACCUCAUCCACACCAUGUCCACGCCUGGUGUAUGGAGUGAGAAGGAUUUAGAUCAUAUCCUCGGGCGAUACGGGAGCUUCAUUGUCGAGCGUGCCGGCACAGACAUUGACGAAGCAAUUGCCAGCCUGCAGCCCUGGAAAGAAAACAUAUACGUAAUCCAACAAUUAAUCCAAAACGACGUUAGCAGCACGAAGAUCCGCCUCUUCCUCCGCCGCGAGAUGAGCGUUCGCUACCUAAUCCCCAGCCCCGUUAUAGAUUAUAUCGAGAAACACCACCUGUAUGAAGACGAAGGGUCGUCCUCCACUACUACGGCAAAGCAGAAUGGAAACGAGAGCCAGAACUCAACCCCAGGUUCAAAUUUGGGAGAUAAAGGAAAGGGCAAGCAAGCGGACACAACGAUGCCCUGUGAAAACGAUAACCCUAGUGGAUGA